UAAUGAUGGAUUAACACGUUUUAAUAGUCGAUAGUAAAUUGUAUAUAUUUCUAUUGUUCACUGGGGUGUACAGUCUAAUUAGUUACCUUGAUAUAUUAAUAACAGGAAGAUAAUCAAUUUAUGAUGAAAAUAUAGUUUCGGAAAUGUCAAAGCCAAACAACUGUUAGCAACUGUUAUUUUUAUCUAAAAAAAUAACUAACAAACUGUAAAGAAAUUAUAUUAAAAAUAUGAAAGUAAAUUUGCUUACACAAAUAAGUACCCGCAUCUGUUAUGAUUAUUAAGAAAAAUGUUCAACUCUCAACCUUUUCUCAUCGCUGCAGAUGAAAAAUAUCGUUCACAUUUGGGAAAUAGGAUACUCGACUUCUUCGUUAGUAUCAGCUGCAAUGACUGGCUUGUCUUUGACUCAUUCUCCUGCUCAUACCACGUUAUUAAUAAUGUUGGACUUGUCGCAACCAGAAUCUUUAUGGAUCACAUUCGAAGAAAUUUUCUCAGUAAUUCAUAGCGCUAUGAAAAUGAGUUACGAUGAUAAAACGAUUCAGGAACUUAGACAACGACGAAUUAAUGAACAGAAAAAAGCAUUGGAAAAAGAAGUUGAUCCAUUUCCAUUGAAGUUAUGCAUUAUCGGAGGAAAAUACGAUCAGUUUAAGGGUUUAGACACGGGUACCAGAGAAUUAAUCGGGAAAACAUUGAGAGCUAUUGCUCAUACUUUAGGAGCAGGUCUCUAUUAUCAUUCUUCUAAAGAUAAGACCCUCGUACGACAAACUAAAGACGUAUUAUCUCAUCAUGGAUUUGACACCCAACUUUCUAAUAGCAGGUGUACAGAUUUCGAGAAACCGUUAGCAAUACCAGCCGGUACGGAUUGUUUCUCAUCAAUCGAUUUACAAUUUCCUCCAACGCGUCCUGCAGCUAUAUUGGACGCCAUCAAAAACGUUUACAUUGCUCGUAUCCCGCAGCAGUCGAAGAAUAACGAUAUCUUAAAAGAUCCUAGUAACGACUCUAAUUUUAACGAGCCAAUCAUUGAUAGAUUACGAGCUCAGAGAGAAGAGGUACGCUAUUACAUUGCUUUACUUAUACAGGGUGUCCCUGAAAAAAAGAUGGUUUUCUUAACACUUUCAUAAACGUAAC